AUGAAUAAUAAUAAUUACAAUAAUAUUCAUAGAUACGAUUUUAAUAUUGUUGAAUUUAAAGUCGUUUGCAAAGUCGAAUGGGGUUAGACUGUUGGUGUCAUGGGAAAUAUCGCUAGCCUUGGUAAUUGGGAAGAUCAAGGUAUUUUUCCUCUUACAUGGACUGAAAAUCACGUCUGGAAAGGCGAAAUGUUAAUUAUGCCUGGCUGCGAAUAAAAUUUUGAAUGCAAAUUUGUUAUUUUCCACAAAGAUGACAAAAACAAUACAAACACUUUGAUCGAAAUGGAAAAAGGUGCUAACCGUUAAUAUAAUCUUAAUAACCCUGCUUAAUUCAUCACUGAGUAAUAACAAGAAUCUUAACAAUCUACUCAAGACAAUAAAUUCAUUAUCAGUGAAAUUUUUAAUAUGCGUAAAGUCACAUUCUCAGUCUAUUCUACUCCUAAUAGCAUUAUUCACAUCUCAGGAAACAUUCCUUAAUUCAAGGUUCCCUAAUAAUUGUGCUACGAACAACAAAUUCCUAGUAUGAAUUGCGAUUAGCAAUUAUCUCUCUACUACCAAGAUUUUUAUGUUGAUAUGAGAGAAGAUAUGAUGAGAUAUUAUUAUAUUAAAAAUUUCGUCUAAGUUGAACGUGGUAUUGGUAGAUACAUUAUUUUCAAUAAUCACAUUACCAAGCCAUUUGCUAUUCAAUAUUCCCUCGCUAUUCCCGAAGUAUUUAAGGAGGAACUUUCCUUUGAUAAUAUUACUGAAAACCUCUCUAUUGGUUCAUUUAUAAACAGUGCCAAUGACAUUUCUUCUCUCCACAAACUCGGAGUUACUGCUAUUGUUAAUUUAUAGACAAAACGUGACAUGGAAAGAAAGUACGUAAAUGCAUAAGAAAUCAGAAAAAUCUGCAAAUCUAAAGGUAUCUUAUUCAUCAAUACUCCUAUCCGUGAUAAUGAUCCUGUUGACUACGUUCAACGUGCUCCUGAAGUUUUGGACAUCAUUGAAGAUCUCUACAAAGCUAAUCAUCACAUUUAUAUCCACUGCACUGCUGGUAUUGGCAGAGCUCCUCAAACUGCUAUUCUUCACUUAGUCUUGCAUCGUAAUUACAAAAUAAAUGAAGCUUCCGAAUUAAUUUUUUCAAAAAGACCUGUUUCUUCUCCUAACAAAGAAGCUAUCAUAUCAGUUUUAAAAAUGCUUUCAGAAAGCUCCAGCGAAAGCACUUCUGAUAGAAGUAUCGAUGAGGAAGAGGAAGACUAUAGAUCAGAGGAAUUCUGCUCAUCUAAUCAAAUAUCUGCUAAAAUAAUGUGA